AAGAAAUUUAUCUGUCGCUUCGGUUCAACCAGGAACGAGUGCCCUACCACUAGCAAAUCUCUGAGAAUUGUGUCGAUCGACGGUAUUCACCCCCGGGGCGGCUGAGAAGAUUCAUGGACGCGAGAUAGAGGGAAACUUCACCUCCUCCCUCACCGACCCUACUCACCACCCACCAUCACCGCCCGCCAACAUGAUGAAUCCCGCGCGCAAGGCAUAUGUGGAGGAGGCACGCGAGGUAAGUCUCCCCAGACCAAUCACUGGUGGUUUGCCUGUGUGUUUACAACCUCCUGGAAGGCCCCGAACCUCCCGAACAUCGAGCAUUAUGAGUGGGCAUGGAAGACUGACGGUCAUGGCUGAGAAUAGGAUGUAGAGAUGGGCUUGGAUCUGGCCAGCAUUCCCAUCGACCGCAACUAUGAUAUGUCCGCUGGUGCCGACGGUGUGGCCCCCGAAAAAGCGUCCGCCAUACUUUCACAAUUCGACCGCAAACGAAGACUUGCCCAGCUAGCGGUACCUACAGAUGACGGAAAAGUCAGAGCACGGCUACGUGAGCUCGGGCAUCCGAUUACUCUUUUCGGCGAAGGACCAGCGGAGAGAAGAGAUCGACUGAAAUUGAUAAUCUUGGAUCAGGAGGAGGCUGCAGGCCAAGAUGGCAUCGUUAGCGAUGUUCAGAUGCAGGAAGCCGGUCAGGAGGAGGCGGAUCAGGAAGAAGAAUUCUAUACAGAGGGCGUGCCCGAACUUCUCGAGGCGAGGAGAACCGUCGCCAAAUAUUCGUUACCGAAAGCGAAGUCCAGGAUUAUGCGACAAAGGGAAGACUCCACGAUCCCGCUUCGAACACAUGUCAAACAUCGCAAAGAAAUCAAAGAAAAGCUGCAGGACUUCGAGUUGUUCGGUACACAAAUCGCAGGUGAGCGGCCAGUCAGCAUAACACGGUUUGCGCCAAAUGGUGAGAUCAUUGCUGCCGGUAAUUGGGCAGGAGGAAUCAAAUUGCUCGAUGUACCGAACCUGGACGAGAAAGUCACCUUGAGAGGUCAUACGGGAAUCGUUGGUGGUAUCGCUUGGUACCCUGGCGCGACUCUGCCUUCCUCGAAUGUUUCGCCCGACGCUCUGAACCUCGCCAGCGGUGCUGGCGGACAAGGCGGCGCGAGCGACAUCCACCUUUGGUCUCUCAACAAAGAGACGCCCAUAUCGACUUUACAAGGUCAUACCGAUCGUGUCUGUCGUGUGGAAUUUCAUCCUUCUGGCAAAUAUCUGGCUUCGGCAUCAUUCGACACCACGUGGAGACUGUGGGAUGUUGAGACUACCGCCGAGCUGUUACUACAGGAGGGCCACUCAAGACAAGUGUUUACCGUCAGCUUCAAUAGCGACGGGUCACUACUAGCAAGUGGAGGGUUUGACAGUAUGGGGCGGAUAUGGGAUCUACGAACCGGACGCACGAUCAUGAUAUUGGAUGGCCAUGUUCGCGAGAUAUAUACGCUCGACUGGGGCACUGACGGUUAUCGAGUACUGUCCGGUUCCGGUGAUGGCUGGGUCAAGUGUUGGGAUAUUCGACAAGUCAAACAACAUGGUGGCAUAGGUGCUCAUAAUGGAAACGUGUCUGACUUGAGGUGGUUCAAGGGUAUGGACGCUGACGUUUCUUCAUUGGUGGAGUCAUCUGGUGUGAGACAGGAACACAACCCUCGAAAGGCCGGCACUUUCUUCGUUUCUGGAGGCUUUGACAAGAACGUCAAUAUUUACUCGGCUGAUGAUUGGACACUGGCGAAGCAGUUGAGUGGACAUUCGGGAAACGUCCUCAGCGUGGAUGUCACUAAUGAUGCCAAAUGGAUUGCCAGCAGUGGUCACGACAGGACUGUGAAGUUAUGGGGACGCAGCGACGGUCAAGGACUCUAUGACUGAACGAUCAUCAUCGAGACUGUUUGCAGAGUCUAUGGCAGUGCUCACAUUCCCAAAUGAUGCUCAACUUUCAAAACAUCCACCUAGGACUAUCCAGCAUC